GAGAGAUCAAAUAUAGCAUUCUUAGGCCCUGCUCUAGUCUGACAACUCUUUCUUCCCAGUACAUGUAUCCGCAGCGGCCGCCCAGCCCUGCAUAAAGUUCUGUUUGCUGUUUCGUCUUGCUCUAUAGCCUACAUGCUACGCUUGAUUAGCAUACUGUAGUAUCUCCACUGGCGCCCACGUAGCCGUCCACUCAUUCCUCCGCCUGUUCUGUCUCCAGCAUCUAGAGGUGUCCACAAUGAUGGGUGACAAGAAGAAAUCAAGCCACCGGCUGUCGAGCUUGUUCUCUCUCGGUGGUUCCUCAGAGCCUCAACAAAGCAACUCUGCGGCUUCGUCGGAAUCCAGCAGCCGCCUUAGCAAAGUGAAGAACCGCAUUUCUUCAGCAGCAUCGUCAACGCAGCAAUCUGCGACACACCUAACAGCGCCCGAAUACCCUCCUCCGUCGCCACAGCGCCGUCAAUCACCUCCAAACCAGCUUACCAUCCAGCCUGUAGGCUCACCAGCUCUCGAACCUCUCGAACCCCCUCCGCACCUCGAUGUACCGUCGCGCAGCUCAUCCCCUGGUGGCUUUGGCAGCCGACCAGGAACACCAACCUUGGAAGUUGGGAAUGAAGGAAAGCUGAAGAAGCUGAGGCGGAAGAGUGGAUUGUUUGGAGGUAACAACAGUAGCAUGACAGACGUCAGCCACGCAGGAGGUGCUAACAGCCCGCUUGCGUGGAUUGUUGGGCACAAGGGCAAGGUGCCGUACAAUCUCACGAUGCUGUUGAACGGCGAGAAGGUGCCAGAGCUUUGGGACGACCAAGGUGACACCUUCGUCUACCUCUUCCCGCGAACCUCAGGCAAAGGCGCUUCCUUCCGCAUCGACUCGUCUGUCUACGCAGCAUCACAACUGCUCACUCGCUUUGUCCAUGGGUCUUUGUACAGCGACGAUGUUGUCGCACCUCCCCAUGAAGUCCCAGUACGAUCUUCGCGCCCAGUUUCGACUGAAGUAGGCCAAGAGCAGUCGCGCACUGCUUCUCCAGACCAGAGCCAGAUAGACAGUUCAGACGGAUCGAAGGGCUCGAGAGCGCUCAGCGAUGCAACCGAGGACGACCACACCGAGAAGCACUUGUACAUGCCAAUAGCGCUAAGCUCGGACGACGCCGUCAUCCCACAAGAACCACGCCUGACCCAGAAGGACACCGACACAUUGGUGACCUACCGCAACUUCUUUGCCUUCUUGAUUGGACAGUCUCUUGUCGCUACCACAAGACAUUCGGACAUCUUCGACAUCUUCCUGCGCAUCGCCGACAUUCUGUCCCACUAUGCUUUCUCCAACGUUGACGGAUCGACCUUUGGCGAAGUGGCCGCUUCUAGCUUUGACAGCUACGUUGACGAGCUGAACAUGGCAGAUGUCAGGCAGAGUCGCGAAAAGACAAUCGAAGCCAUUGUCCUCGGCGAGAAGAUGCGCUCCAUGGGACUCUACACCGAAGGUUUCGUACACGCGAUUGGCAAGUACGACGAUGUCAAGGGCCUACAGUCGCCCAAGUGGGAAAUGGUCAGCCCGAAGACAGGAACUCGUAUGGCUCGAGCUGCCCUGGAUCUGGAUAACCGAGAGGCCAACAUCAACAAUAAGCUCAAGGACUUUGAGUUCGCUGCUAUCUUCUCGGGUAUCAUGAACAGUGCUAUGGCAAGCGAAGGGAAGAUGAUCAACUUCAAAAGGUGGAGAUCUGCUUUCAUGAGCACACGAAGCUGGAUGAUCGACUACUACAAACACAAGUACGGCUCGUGGCUGCCGAAAGCGCGAAACAAGAAAAACAACCUAACGACCAACGGUCUCAACAGAUUGGUCCUGCGAGACAUGUACCGCGAUCUAUCUGGCUUAUACGAUCUACUUGUCGACCGGACCGACUUAACGAACAGGACGGCCGACGGUUUCUUGGUGGAGGACGAGGGAAUGGGCUUUGUGGCUGUAAAUGCCCGCGCUAUGCGCAAAGCACUCAGCGAGUACGAUCGCAGCACGCCACCUGUGCAACCGCCGAUUCCAUUUGAUCUGCCGAUGUACCCCACUCUCAAGGGUCUGAGAUCUGACUAUCCUACUGGAGACGAAAAGAAGGAUGCCAAAGCGCGGGGCAAGAAGUUGAAGAGCGAGGAGAUCACCAAGAUGCUGCACAACGCUACCAAUGCUGACGCGCAGCAAAAGACACCCUUCUUAGAAGCUUUCCUCACUUUCGAGAAGAAGCAAGCUUCCGGCUCGAACAUGGAUGAGCUGUGGGAACUCAGAAGCGGACAGUGGCUGUUUAUCUAUGCCGUCAUUCAGUCACUGCCCAUGCUGGUAGUCGACGCGCCUGGAGUACGGUUCACUGAAGGUGUCGAGUACUUCCUGUGUGAGGUUCCCCGCAGCGGUGUACCCUGGGUCCGCGAAGACACGACCAGAGCACGAACAUGGUUUGGUGUUCAAGGUGGUGCUCAGGUUGUGAGUCUGCCAACUGACAUCGUCGAGCAUGGUGUCGAGGGCGUCUUCCGACGCUCGCAUUGUUGGAAGAGGGCUCAAGAAUGGGCUGCAAACGACACGCUUUUGAACGCAGCUAUGCAGGAGCUGAACGGUACCGCUGCACCCCUGCCUCCACCUCCGGGUAUACUCGACCCUUCAUCAGCCCACGCCCGGCCUCGAUCGAAUAGUCCUCACGACGCGAGCAAGCGCAACAGCGUCAUGAGCCUUGGAUUGGAGGCUCUGCCUCUGCCACCUGGCAUUGCACCACCUACCCACUCCCCUGUGAACCGACCUCAGUCGAGCAGCGACCCAAGCAGGACGUUCGAUGCCAUCCUUGGAUCGCCACCGUUCAAUCCCAAGGACAAGAAGAAGAAAAGGUGAUCGAUUUGUUGACACGAAAUUUACGGUCUGAUCUGCGAUAAGUGUUUGGCUUGGUUUUCCCAUAGAUAUUUUGCAUAUAAUUGCAUUGACCACUUGCGUGGUACUGUUUUUAGACGUUUAGCGACAUCGCACGCGCGUGCCAUAUAUACGCGCACCAACUUGAAUAGGAAAGGAUAAGACGAAGAUACCUUAGAUGCAUAGCAUAGCAGCGAAGCCUAUAUAGCAAUUGAAAUGAGAUAUCCUUAC